AUGAUACGCUCCUUCCUCGUCUACGAGUAUAUAGACCUCCAACACAAAAUAUACACAUUAUACGCUCCUUCCUCCAACGCAAGUACACACACUUCCCUCCUUCCUCCACAAAUACCCAGAAUAAACGCUCCUUCCUCCAACGCAAGUACACAAACACCCGCUCCUUCCCUCCCCAUCUCGUCUGUCCUGGCAACAUCGCAUAGAAUCCCACAUUCACCGCCGCACCAUGCAGCUCAGUCCAGCCCUAUACCUGCUUGUCCCGCUGCCAGCCUCUCCCCUUGCCUAUCGUCAUUUACUUCCCGCCCACUCUCACAUCCACAUGCACUAUUUCACUCAUCCGGCAAACCUCAUACACACUUCACUUCCUGUCGGCAGCAACAAAGCCCCUCCACACCCGCAACAUAUCCAACGCCGCCGCACCUCCCUCGCACAACUGCAAAAAAUUGGUACAUUUAUCCACUACGCCACAGCAAGCCCUUGCCGUGCGCAAGAAUGGGUCGCGGAGGCUACGACACCACAGACGCAGCCGCGUACAAAUCGUCUGCGGCGGCAGAUGUAAUACGCGAGCACAACGCACAACGCGCCAGAGCAGAGGUAUGUACGCACAGGUUGAAUAGUACUUGGGACAGUGUGCUAAGAGUCUGUGUCAAGGCGGAGGCAGCGGAGGAGAUGAGGAGGGAUGAGUUGGCGAAGCUGAUUCGUUCGAAGAAGAGUAGGGGGAUAAGGGAUGCCCAGAAGGUGGCCAAGGCCAAGACCAAGGAGGGCGGGGAGAAGGAUGGGUCUGGAGGGACUGGGGAGGGCAGUGCGGCUUAG